AUUAACCACAUCUUUGAAUUAAAUCCAAAACCCUUUCUUUGCCGUUUCUCAAUCGCUUGGAAAGGAAAACCAUGGAUACGAUUACCAACGACAAAAGUAUUGAUUAUGACAUAUUAGAUGUAAUCACAAUGAUUACACUAGUUGCAUUUUUUUGGUUUCUCUUGAUUGGGGGUUGUUGCUGUAGAAAAGAAAGAGAAGCCAACAGCGAAGACCAACCCCAACGUCAACAGCAGCAGAAUGAUAUUGAGCGAGGUUUGCCACGGACUACUACUUAUCUGCCGCAAACCCUGACGAGAGAGCCCCCACAGCAGGCGGCUUGCAGCAGGCAGCAGGUUAUUAUCAUUAUGGUUGAAUUUGUUAUUUACGAUCACGAGAACAUGCAAAACAGAUCAGGUCCCUGCAGCAGUACCUGUGCUAUCUGCUUAGACGACUUCAAGGACGGGGAUAACUGUGCGGUUAUUCAGCCUUGCCAACACAUGUACCACAGAGAAUGCAUCGGAACCUGGCUCAAAUUGAAUCAACACUGCCCGUAUUGUCGUGGUUCCCCAACCAUGGAACGCUUGCAGAUUUUGUAUUACUUUGAUCCAACCUCAGGACGCAGAUUCAGGUCGAAGAAAGAAGUGCUUAAGUUUCUAGGAACUGGAAACUCAACUAAUAAGAAGAAAGGAUUGGAGAAUUCUGAUGCUGGCAAGAAUUCUCCUCCUGAGAGCUCUGCCCGCAAGAAACGUAUGAAGGAUCCUGAUACCAAGGCAAAGACUUCUAACUUUGAUUUCUACAAUGUGCCCGAGAAGAUCAGCUGGGUGUUAACAGAUGCUUCUAGAGAUUGUUGGACUCCCUUCAUUGGGGAUGAGAAGGUGGCUGAAUCUGAUACACAAGAAUGGCCUGCUGCCUUCACACACCUAACAGUUGGCAAUAUUGGUCAGCCAAUGCAUUGACAACAUAAACAAUCUACCUCCACUGUCUUUGCUGUGUGCAUGGUCUUAUACUGACUGCUGAUAAUUCCCAUCUUAUGGUCCAAUUUUGUUUUGCUAUUGUUGAUUGUUAGUUGAUUUGAUUAGUUGUAUUGGACGUGCUCACCAGAGGAUCUACAAAAGGCCUUUGAUGACUCUAUUAAGAAUUCAUCUAGUCCCGCCUUUACAAGAGAGGGACACUGAAUGUUAAUAUGGUGAUUCUGCUCUGGAAAGUGAAGCUACGAAAUCCUAGUAAUAUAUAAAUUGCCAUCUG